ACAUGAAGAUUUAUAAAAAUGAAACAUACAAACGUCUCCGUUGCCAUAGUACCGCGGCCGUCUGCAGAGACACCUUACACACCGUGGACAAGUCUCGGAACAGUCGGCACGCCCCCCUUGGCCUCGAUUGGCUUAUUUUCAAGCCAAGAAAGACUCUGAUAGCGUCAUGCGAUUGUCAUUCUGCGCACCUUGAGAGUGUUUUUUUUUUUUUUGGUUGUUUGGGGGCUGCGGCUUCUAGGACGUGUACGGUCACGAUAAUCCUACGUGGGUAAAACAAGGAAUCUGAUUUGGAAUUGGGAAGUGGAACUUUUGGAAGUAAAAUAACACGCAGUUCUUUUUAUUCUAGAGGAAAUGUCUUAGACACUUCCACUGGAUGUAACUGCUUCAUGGGAGUCAGUGACUGAGCUGCACUUUUCCCACACACGUGAUACAUUGCAGCAAGUGGUCAAGAUGGAGGACUGCCAUGCAAGCUUGGUAAAGAUCAGCAAAGACAAGGUCCUUACCAGAACUGAGAUGAUGUCCCUGCUGAAAACCUAUAACUGUUACCAUGAAGGGAAAAGUUUUCAGCUUCGGAGUCGAGAGGAAGAUGGGGAGCUGGUCAUCGAAGGCUUGCUCAGUAUCUCCUGGGGCCUGAGGAGGCCAAUCCGGCUACAGAUGCAGGACGACAACGAACGUUUCCAGCAUUCCAGCGUGGGGAUAGGCGGAGAGGACGAGGCAAAAACCAGCUCUCAAAAGCAGACCUCCCUGGAAUCAAACAACAAUGAAAGCUCUGAUGCGUCUGUCAGUGAGGACGAGACCCCCCAGCUGAUGAGGACAAGGAGUGAUGCCAGCUUCAUGGGCAUCCAGCGGAGGUCCAGGCGCCACAGCCAAGGCGAGAUGCAGAGAAUGAAGAAGCAUCGCUUCUCCAUUAAUGGGCAUUUCUACAACCACAAGACAUCCGUCUUCAUUCCUACUUAUGGGUCGGUGACCAACGUCCGGGUCAAGAGCACCAUGACCACAGAGCAAGUGCUCCGCCUGCUUCUCAACAAGUUCCGCGUUGAAAAUAAAUUGGAAGAGUUCGUCUUGUACAUGGUGCAUGAAUCUGGGGAGAAAACAAAACUCAGAGACACUGAUUACCCCCUGAUCUCCCGCCUGCUGCACGGCCCAUGUGAGAAAAUAGCCAAGAUGUUCUUAAUGGAAGCUGACCUGGGAGAAGAGGUCACUUAUGAUGUUGCACAGUACAUCAAGUUUGAGAUGCCUAUGCUGGACAGCUUCGUGGAGAAGUUGAAGGAGGAAGAGGACCGAGAAAUUUCAAAGCUGACCAGAAAAUACAGUGCCCUAAAGUCCAUGAUCCUCCAGCAGAUAGAAGAUAUCGCAGAAUCUUCUCAGCAUUGCUGAGAAGCAGGAUCUCGCAGGACUGGAGCUGGAGCCUGCUGGCUUGCGUACGUUUGACACAGCAAUUGCUGACAGGCUGCCGGACAACGAGCAUCUUUGUUUUGUCUCAGAUUUAUUUAGAUGACAGAUUUCCAAGCUGGGAAAUGAGUUUCAAAUAGAAAGGGAGGGUUACUUAAAUUUAUAGAUAUUUAUAGAUGGUUCAGACACAUCGUUAGUUUGUGAGAGGUUUUGCAAUUUUAUGCAAACACUAAAAGUCAUGUAUAUGUCCAUAUUUUUCACCAAUUAUGUAAACAUCACCUGGCUAAAGAAAAUAAACUCUGUGUGUCUUUGUACGCGUAUAAUAAGUUGUCCAUCUUGGGUUGUUCAGGCUAUCUGCUCCUGUCUACACUCCCUAUACCAGCCAUCUCUCGUCUGCCAGCUUCAGAACUUGCUGUCUCAUGCCUUCAUCAUCUCCAUACUCCACACUCUCACUCCAGCCCUUGGACAUGUAGGAUUGCAGUCAAAUGGCACCCUGCUCCCCCAGUUCAGCGAAAUUUAUUCCGUACCUUACUGAAGACCUUUACUUUGUAUGGCUGAUAGAAUUUGGACCUGAGAGGGAAAUAGAGUAGCUUUGGACUAGAUGGUAUGCUCCCUGCUGCUGAGCACUCCGCUGUACAGUAUGUAGAGUAUACAUUGACUAGACCAGGGGCUCCCAAGGUGGGGGUGGUGAGACACUGAUGGAGAGGUGUCAAAUUUACAAAAUAUUUUCAAAACAUGAAAAAAUAUUCCAUUAUAAUGAUAACUGUACCCAAAGGGUUGCCCCCACCCCCCCAGAGUUGGCAAAAUGGAAGCUGUAAGGCCCUGGCACUGUUAUUUUGGGGGUCCUGGGCUGAAAGGUUUAGGAACCCAUGAACUAGACAAUAUACUUAUCAUGCCAAAUGUUAGUAUGUAAAUAUGUAAAUGUGGCAUCGUGAGUUUUAGGGAGAUAUUUCUUCCUGGAUGUACAUUGAUAGGCUGACAAUAAAGAUCUUUUGAAUCACGAAA